AUGACAGACGUUCUUUUAACAAACAUUCUUGAACAACUCACUUCGUUAAAUAGCAAGGUGGAAAAAAAUCAAAAUACAUUGGAAGAAUUGAAACAAGAAUUUAGCACUACUAAUGUCAAAUUAGACCAACUGGAAAAAGAAAAUUCUGCCUUAAAAGAAAAUAUAAAACAACUAGAGAACAGAAAUAGAAAGAAUAAUUUGAUAAUAUUCGGAACACCGAAGAACAACAGUAUACAGGAUAAUAUCAACUUCAUAAAGGCAUCCUUAGAUAUCAAUCUCGAAUUGAAAGAUAUCAAUAAUAGUUACCCCUUGGGGAAAAACGAAAAAGAAUCGAUUCCAAUAAAAUUCGAAUUUGUCUCACAGCUGAAAAAGAUCGAAAUAUUGAAGAACGCCUAUAAACUGCGGCAGAAAAACAUAAAGAAUAUCUAUAUAACUGAAGACCUAAGUAAGGAAGAUCAAGAAAUUCACAGAGGCUUACGUCUAUUUCUCAACAAAGCCAAAUCAGCUGGAAAAAAAGCAGUAAUGCGACAUAAUAAGUUAAUAAUCGGGGACAAAUCUUAUACUCACGAUUAUUUACUUGAGAACCCAAAUAUAAAUUUUGAGGAAGGUGCGAGCGUCAAUGAAAUUAUUUCUACUCAAGAGGAAAAACUAAGCCUUCAGUUGGAAGAAAACUUGAAAAGAAAAGUGAACUUUGAAGAAAACUCUGACGAUACUACAAAAAAAACCCGAAGAAACCCACAAAGAAAACAAUCAACUGCUAAUUAA